GUGCGACCAGAUUUGAACAGGUCUACAUCUGAGGUCUCUUUUCUGUGAAAGAGCCGCUUGUACAUACGGGCUCUUGGGCUUCCCACCCGUGCUCAUAUUCUCUCGGCAAGACAUAGGGUCACACUGGCCUUCUCUUUCGCUGCUAAACUUUGUUUUAAUACAAGCACGGAACAGAGAAUAUGUAUAAUUAGCAUGUCGGCCACUUCGUUUUUGGACAAACCGCUCCUCAAAGUCAGUCGGCCAGUGGCUGCCUGCUCAAGAUGUCGAACAGCUAAGAUCAAGUGUGACGGGAAGCUUCCGGCUUGCUCCGCGUGCGAGAGAGUGGGCAAAGCGAGCACCUGCUCUGGCGCAAGUGAUGAGUUUGCCAGGGGAAAAGAGAGAAGCUAUGUCGCCUCCCUGGAGGGCUAUUGCGAGAGACUUGAGAAGAAGAUAGCAGAUCUGCGCCGCCUCAAAGCAUCAUUAUCUGUUGAUGAAAAGGGUGUCGCUCAUCAGAGUUCAAUUACCUCUAUCUCAUCGACGGGUUCAGCUGCACAGGAAGGUGGCAAGGAAGUGACCGACAUUGAUGACCUCGUUGGAGACUUUGGCUUUCUGUCCGUCAAUGCUACUUCGAGAGACUUCCAUGGGAUUACAUCCAACACUUCUUUCGCCAAUCUGCUUCUGUCCCUGUCCCAAGCCGAGCCGAUCCCAAAACUAUCAGCACAACCAUUACCGCCCCGUCAUGAAAUAACGCCCUUACUACAGCACUACUUUGACAAUCUCUAUAUACAACUUCCUUUUUUCCUCGAGACAGGCUUUUGGGCUUCUGUUGAUGCUGUUUAUCAAGCUGGGGGCCGAUUCGCCAAACCUUUCGACAAGUGGAUCUUGCAUAUGGUACUGGCCACCGCGUCUGCCUCUAUUUCCCUCGAGAAUGGCGAUAGAAACCACCAGCGAGCGUUGUCUCAUAUUUCGGCAGCGAUGAAGCAGGCAGAGGAUGUCAUCCGCCCUGGCACUAUCGUCGGUAUCCAAUCAAUUCUCCUUCUCGCCCAGUAUUCCUUGUUUGAUCCCAAGCACUUCCGCGGCUGGUACCUGGUAGGGAUGGCCGCUAGAGUCAUGGUUGAUUUAGGCCUGCACCAGGACCCACCUUUAGACGUCCAAUCAGCCUCAGAGCAGUUGGAUCUCCGCCGUCGUGUCUUUCAAUGUGUCUAUUGCUUGGAUAGGGGAGUAAGCGCUGCCACAGAAAAGACUUUCUCAUUCUCGGACGACUCCGUCAAUGUUGCUCUGCCGUCUUCUGCCACAUCCCUAGGCGCUUCGUUAACCGAGAAAAGCCAUAUCUUUCUACGCAGCUCGGAGCCUGCAUGGCACAUAGUGAGAGUCCGACAGAUAUUGUCGGAGGCUUACCAGAGGAAGUGGUUCCAUGAACAUGAAACGUCUCUUCAACCACCGGUGUCGACCUGGGCUCUCUGCUCGAGAGCAUAUCAAUGGUUUGAUAAGAUUCCAAGCAAUACACCAAACUAUUUCCCUGUCUUAUACCGACUGGAAUUGUUAUACACAGUGGUCAUGAUUCUCUCGCCUGGUGACGGGAAUCCCGACUUAUGUGACUACGGCAAGAUUGCCUUGUUUGAUUGCUGUAUGCGGUACAUCAGCCAACUUCAUGAGGUGCUGAGGAACCCUACCUGGUUACCCUAUAUGACAUUCCUGGAUAUUCAGAGGGCUUACCAGGUUGCUCAACGAUUCAUUGGAGAGAUGACGGACAGCCCUGACAUUUUAUUGAACCCGUCAAUACCUGCAUUACCAACCAUCCCUCCCGAGGUGCCCGAACCACUUAUAUUGGAUGGGGAAGAUUGCAUGAGUUUCUACGCGCGCGCAACGGAGUGUCUUUCUCAGAGCCACAAUCUCCUGCAAUACGGCGUAAGGAAGUGGGAGGCCACCACCAUAUUUGCAGAGUUCCAGCAAAUGUCGGAAUUGGCGCAGAGACGCCUGAUACAUUCUCCCGCUCCUUAUCUCACGGGUUCUGCAGCUUACAUGACUGGCUACUCUACGUUGGUGCCUGCAGGAACAGGAUACCUAGGGUUUGAUAUUGGAUAAUCUGGCCCUCCGAGAGGGUCCACGGAGGGUGUACCGUCCCAUAAAUACCCGUAAUGC